CGCCCCAAGAGUGCUGUGUUCCCUGGCGAGGGCAAGGUCAAGAUGAGCGUGGAGGAGCAGAUUGACCGCAUGCGGCGGCGCCAGAGCGGGUCUAUGAAGGAUAAGCGGAGGAGCCUGCAGCUCCCGGCCAGCCCGGCCCCCGACCCCAGUGCCCGGCCUGCCUACAAAGUGGUGCGCCGUCACCGCAGCAUCCAUGAGGUGGACAUCUCCAACCUGGAGGCAGCUCUGCGGGCAGAGGAGCCUGGUGGGCAGGCCUACGAGACACCACGGGAGGAGAUUGCCCGGCUCCGCAAAAUGGAGCUGGAGCCCCAGCACUAUGAUGUGGAUAUCAGUAAGGAGCUCUCCACCCCAGACAAAGUCCUCAUCCCUGAGCGGUACAUUGACCUGGAGCCUGACACUCCCCUGAGCCCAGAGGAGUUGCAGGAGAAGCAAAAGAAGGUGGAGAGGAUCAAGACGCUCAUUGCCAAGUCCAGUAUGCAGAACGUGGUGCCCAUCGGCGAGGGGGACCUUGUGGACGUGCCCCAGGACUCAGAGAGCCAGCUGCAGGAGCAGGAAAAGCGGAUUGAAAUCUCCUGUGCCCUGGCGACCGAGGCCUCCCGCAGGGGCCGCAUGCUGUCUGUGCAAUGUGCCACCCCAAGCCCUCCCACCUCCCCUGCCUCCCCGGCUCCACCAGCCAACCCCCUAUCGUCUGAAUCCCCACGGGGCGCCGACAGCAGCCAUGCCAUGCGGGUCUGAGCUCUGACUGCAAGCCCUGGCCGAGGCCAACGCCGUGAAGCUCCACAGAGCCACGUUCUGAAGCCCGUCUCUGCCCAGCCUGGCCCCCUGGCCCCCUGGCCCCCCGCCCCUGUGCUCCCAUGGGAAUGCCACAGAGAGCCAGGCUGGGGGCCGGGGUUCUGCCGAGAGGAGCACAGAUGCCUCAGUGUCCACAUACCCACGGCGCCCGGCCCUGAAGUCCUUGCUGCUCAGACGGUGGUCCUAGGCCAGGGCAUGAGAUGGUGGGGGAGGAGCGCCAUCCUAUCUGAUGCCCACGGCACAGGGAGCCUAGGUCUGGCUCUGGCUGGGGUUGUGAUGGCCCUACUGGAACACUCCCUGAUGGAGAAGAUGCCCUGGUGGGGAAAGCGCCCUGGGCUAUCUUAGGUUAGGACUCCUCUCCUGACACCGAGAACAGCACCCACCAUCACCCCCUUCCCCCAUCACCCCCGCCGUCCUGCCCCAGCUGUGCCCAGGGUCUUGGCACAUCUCUGCUUCUGGGUGCUCCUUUGGGGUCCAGUGGAGACUGAGCACCCUGCCUGAGCCAAAGACAAGAUGAUGAGAGAUGGGGAGAGGCUCCUCGGCCCCCAGAAGACAGUGCUGGCUGUGGAUAGAGGGCAGCAGGUCUGUGCAGUGUCUGAGGGCAGGUUGAGAAGGGUAGCAGAGAGAGAGGGAGAGGUCUCAGGAGAGUGGGAGGAAAGGGAAGCAGCAGGUCUCAUGCGCAGGUAGGAGGAGGAGGAGGACGGAGAUGAGAAGGAGUAAGGGAUUGGUUUCCCCAGGGUGGAACUUUAGGUUAGUGCCAAGUAUAGUGCCAGCUGUUGGCUCUGCUUCUCCCACCUCGUCCCCAGGAUCAGCGGGGCUGCCAGACCGAGGACCUGCCAUGGAGCACACUGCUGUGGGUAUGGAGGUGUGAGCUGAGGGGCCGGGCAGCAGCAGUCUGGGAGAUGGCUCUUUCUAGGUCUGGGCCUGGUUCUGGGGUCAGGAGCAGAGAGAAGGACCUGUCUUACGGAGGGUGUGGUCAGCCUUGGGGCCUUUCCUAAACAUUUCUGUGACAUUAUCUUGUCUCCCUUCCCCCUGAAAUGUGCUGUGGGCCAGCUGAGCGUGUGCCCUGGAAAGAGGGAAUGUGGCCUUAAUCUGGUAGGCCAGAUUCUGGGGCCCUACCCUGUAUCCCAGGCAUUCCAGGCAUCCCAGAUGAGGACAAGUUGAGGCUGUAUGGAAGGUCUCCCUUCUAGCUUGGCUCACUCACAGCCCACCUACCCGGGGAGCCAGUAGGGGAGAGACAGAAGCAAAGCCCAUUCUCCCUAUGCUCCACCCACCUUCAGAUGAAUGUAGCCAGAGAGGAUGGAGGAGAGAGAGUGAAGCUGAAAAACCUUGGCCCCUAGGCCUUCUCUUUGCCAGAGUUGCUGCCCAGAGACUUCAGUCUGACCUCCAGCAGCCCCAAGAAUGAUUACUUCAUCUUCCAGCAAUUCCUCUCCACUCCUUCAUGGCUGGGACAGUUAUGGUUCAUAUGCAAGUAAAGUUGACAAUUCACUCAACAAAUAUUUAUUGAGCACCUUUUAUGUACCAGGCACUGUUCUAGGUGCUUAGGAUAUUCUCAUGCUUCUGAGGGUUUACAGACAGGAUUCCACUUACCUUCACUUCUAGCAGGUUUUUUGAACAUGACCCUUGGCUGCAGUUCCCAUCUUCAGCACAGCUCAAGCACCCCAAACCUGUCCCUUCCCCCCCACAGACUGGCAGGUGGGAUUGGCUCCCAGGUAACCGUCUCUCCCUUCUCCAUCUUCUCCCACACCUUAUCCAUCCAUAAGAAACAGAUUUUGGGGGGCCUUUCAUGCCUUCCCCUUUCUUUGUCUGUGUCUCCUUUUUUUUUAAGUGAUAUUUUUAGAAAUACAUGUAAAAUACCAAGGAUUCAUGUCUACCCCUCUGCCACCUCUCUCUCACCUCUUAUUUCAUAAAGCUGGCUCUUUAUGUUGCUUUACAUGCCUUAAUAUAUGUUUUAUGAAGAUUAUACAUAUUAUAGAUGUAUAUGUAAUAUAUAUAUAUAUAUAUUUGUUUGGAUGUCUGAUCCUUUACUAGAACUCCUUCCCAGGCCCAUUUUCUCUCCUUUAUUUUCCACAUCAUUCCUAGCAUACUGCGGCCAUACCCCAUGCCUUUUGAUCCAAAGAAGGGGAGAGGAAAGACUUAUUUUAAGACAGAUCUCUUUUACGCUUUUGUUACAAAAGCAAAUCUAUUUUCAAAAUGUGCAAUGUCUGAAUGGAAUUGGCAAAUGAUAUGAGGAGACUGGGACGGCUGCCUCUAGGUCCAACCCUCCACCCUUCCCUCCUCCUCCUCGGCAGCUUCCUUCCUCCCAUUCCCCAGUCUGCAAAGGGCUGGUCCCCAGAGCUCACCCGGAGAGGAUCUUGCCAGGGCAGGACAUUCUCUUGCAAGUCCUGGUCUAAGGAUUUGAUUACACUGUCAACUUUUGAUGACCCUCUAGGGUUAUUGGGCGUGAACCCUCUUCGAGGAAAUGUUUACAGUUGUGUGCACAAAAGGACAGCCUUGCAGGCACACACACCCCAGAUGUGCUCCUGGGCCACCUCCUAUAUCACCCUGCUGGAAAGGGCAGCCUACGCCAAACAGCACUGAGAAUGUCAGUCUAUUCUUUGAUGGACCUAGAAUAUGGUGCAACGGCCAGAGGAAACGGUUUGGCAUCACGGAUCCUUCGGGGCAGAUACAUUCAAGUUCCUUGGACUUCUCACACUCCUUUUCACUUGAUCCCUCACUGGUCUGGGUGACACCUAUGGCAUCUGUCUCCCUCUGUGACCUUUCUUCUGGGGGCCAUUGUUAAGGGGAUGGUACCCCAGUCUGGCAUCCAGACUGCGAAGUCAGCCCAGAGGGUCCCACGGACAAGGUACAUCUCAGACUUGCCAAGGACGUUCUUGCUGCUGGGGCCCUGAACUAAGCCAGCUCAGCCUUCCAAACUGCUUAUCGACUAUUGAAGUGGGCAAGGGGGCUCUCGCCUUGCAAGAAUUUGGGCAGAAUGGAUGUCUUUUGUCCAGAUCUGGAAUCAAGGGGUUUGGAAUCUAGCACAGAGCUCCUGGCCAGCAUUUGAAGCCUGGCCUCCCACUUUGACAUUUGCUGGCACCCUAUUCCCAGCCUACAGCAGCUUGCUAUGAAUGAAGGGGGCCUAGAUGGAGGCCCAGGGCGAAGUAACCGACCUGGUGACAGCCCUGGUUACUAAUCUAGGGCCUUCCCAAUUAGCACAUUACCUCCCUCAUCAAUAACCAAGAAGCUGUAAUCAAAUACUAAUACUGUCACUUUAGAGUUUUUCUGAGGUUGCAAGCUGUGCGCGCUUGCUCGCCUUCCUUGGUGGGAGGGAUCUUCUUGGAGCAGGGCUGACUAUAGCAAGACAGAAUUCAUUCCUUUCCCUUUAGGUACCCUCCGACAACCUGGCAGCUCUUAAAACUAAGGAAAAUAUGAAAUAUACAUAUAUAUAUACACAUAUAUCUAUUUAUGCACAUAUUGGGGCCAAUUUGAUUCGCUAGUAUUAGACAAUAAACCAUACAAGGAAAUUUAUGACUCAGUGUCUUUAUUUAGUAUAAAAGUGACCUUAGAAGAAGAGUUAAGGUUAGAUAAACAGAGGGCAUCCCUGUCAGGGGACCAAACAGCCGUACCAGCCCCUUAGCAUCUUUCUAGCCGAUGAGCUCCUCCCCAGGGAGGGUCAUCCUGACCGACAGGCGAGAGCUCGCUUCCCUCUCAGCAGCAUUCUUUUUAGAUAUAGGUACUGAAGCACCC